AUGUGGGAAAUGCUUCACCACCAAGGGUCAUCUCCAUUUGAAUGUGAGGAAUGUGGGGAAUGCUUCACCACCAAGGGUCAUCUCCAGUACCACAUUCUUGCACACAGUGGCAAAAGAGAGUUCAAAUGUGAGGAAUGUGGGAAAUGUUUUGCGGUAAAAAGUACUCUCAAGACACACAUUCUUGGACACAGUGGCAAAGGAGAGUUCAAAUGUCAGGAAUGUGGGAAAUGUUUUGCGGUAAAGAGUGCUCUCAAGACACACAUUCUUGGACACAGUGGCAAAAGAGAGUUCAAAUGUGAGGAAUGUGGGAAAUGUUUUGCGGUAAAAAGCACUCUCAAGACACACAUUCUUCGACACAGUGGCAAAAGAGAGUUCAAAUGUGAGGAAUGUGGGAAAUGUUUCUGCCGGAAGGGUGAUCUCAAGACACACAUUUUUGGACACAGUGGUAUUAAAGAUUUUGAAUGUAAGGAAUGUGGGAAAUGUUUCUCCCAGAAGGUUCAUCUCCAGAACCACAUACUUGCACACAGUGGCAAAAGAGAGUUCAAAUGUGAGGAAUGUGGGAAAUGUUUCUCCCGGAAGAGUACUCUCAAGACACACAUUCUUCGACACAGUGGUAUUAAAGAUUUUGAAUGUAAGGAAUGUGGGAAAUGUUUCUCCCAGAAGGUUCAUCUCCAGAACCACAUACUUGCACACAGUGGCAAAAGAGAGUUCAAAUGUGAGGAAUGUGGGAAAUGUUUUGCGGUAAAGAGUUAUCUCAAGACACACAUUCUUGGACACAGUGGUAUUAAACAGUUCAAAUGUGAGGAAUGUGGGAAAUGUUUCUCCCGGAAGGGUGCUCUCAAGACACACAUUCUUGGACACAGUGGUAUUAAACAGUUUGAAUGUGAGGAAUGUGGGAAAUGCUUCACCACCAAGGGUCAUCUCCAGUACCACAUUCUUGUACACAAUGGGAAAAGAGAGUUCAAAUGUGAGGAAUGUGGGUAAUGUUUUCUACAAAAGAGUGGUUUUACUAUUCACAAACUUCUUCACAGUGGUGUAAAAAAAUUCAAAUGUGAGGAAUGUGGAAAAUGUUUUACACAAAAGGUUGGUCUUACUAAUCACAAACUUCUUCACAGUGGUGUAAAAAAAUUCAAAUGUGAGGAAUGUGGGAAAUGUUUCUCCCAGAAGAGUACUCUCACAGACCACAUUCUUAUACACAGUGGCAUAAAAGAGUUCAAAUGUGAGGAAUGUGGGAAAUGUUUCUCCCAGAAGAGUAUUCUCACAGACCACAUUCUUAUACACAGUGGCAUAAAAGAGUUCAAAUGUGAGGAAUGUGGGAAAUGUUUCUCCUGAAAGAGUAAUGUCAAACAUAAUAAACUUGUGCAUUAAAAAAACAGAACUCAAUAAAUGUUUGAAUGACUUUAACAGAAGGUAAAUGUGCCACAUAAACUUGAAUACAGUGAUAUACAUCAAUAUAAAACCACUUGAACAAACUCUAUGAAUGUAGCAGAAAUAAAGACAAGUGACAAAUGCCAUUUUUAUAGAUAUUAAACACAAGUUAUAAUUAUCUGCUCUUAAGAUGUAAAUUUCUUCCACCAUGGCCUUAGUACUUUACCAUGACGUGAUAGAAUAUGUUAGAAAAAUAAACUUGUGUUAGUUGAGGGGUAUCCUAUGAGUCUAGUAGAACUUGUACAAUAAUUUUGUUAACAUGUAAUGGUCACAUGUAGACCCAGCCAUGUUGAUUUGGCUUGGUCAAGUCAUGUGAUGUUGUUGACUUAGUCAUGUCCUGUUGUCACUUGUGUAUUGUACUAACAUG